AUGGAUACGAUGGAGCCAAGGUUUGUGAAUUUCUCGUUGUCUGACAUCAUAGUGUCCAACUUCUCAACUGGAGCCACGCUCGCUGUGCUCGUAACGCUACUCAUUCUCAAGUUACGCACCGUCGGCUGCAGGCACAAGGACUUCCCACCAGGCCCAAAGACAAUUCCAAUUCUUGGGAACGCACUGGACUUUCCAACCAGCUUCCCUCAUCUCAAGUUCUUGGAAUGGGCUCAGGAGUUUGGCGAUAUUUUCUCGCUCAAGAUCCUCGAUCGCACCAUCGUCGUCAUCUCUUCUGCCGCAGCUGUGAAGCAUAUCCUUGACAACAACGGCGCACGAACCGGGAACCGCCCUCGUUCCGUGCUCGUCCAGCGUGUCACCAAUGGCUCUCUCAUGGUUCUCGAGAACAUGGACAAUCCGGUCUGGAGGCAUGGUCGAAAUGCAAUCCACGCUUUUCUCACCAAGGACAGUUUGGAAAAUCACCUACAAACGCAACAAGCUGAAUACUCGCACUUUAUGCAUGAUAUUCUUGAAGAGCCAAGGAAAACAUUCCAGCACAUCUCCCGGACGGCUGCGUCUGUCAUGAGCACGCUGCUUUAUGGCUCACGAAUCACAAAAUAUGAAAAUUCACAUGCAGAGACUUACUUUCGAGCCGUGAAGCUUCUCAACGAAGUCAUCGAUCCUGGCGUCCACCCUCCAGUCGAUCUCUUCUGGCCACUGCAAUACGUACCUAAACGCUGGGCGUAUUGGAAACGACUCGCCGACACAACACGUGGAAUUCGAGAUGAGCUGUACGGUUCUCUGUACGCACAAUGCGAGCGUGCGAUUAAAUCUGGGAAGACCACGGGCUGCUACCUCGAAACUCUGAUAUCGAACCAAGAGAAGCUUGGCAUGACCCGAGACGAGGUCAUUGGCAUGGGUGCGGCCAUGAUGGACGCCGGAGCCGAAACUACCGCGUCUUUCCUCCAGUCCUUUAUCCUUGCUUUGAUCAACAACUCACACGUCCAGGAAAAAGGGCAAGCUGAGAUCGACAGGGUUGUUGGUCCUAACCGCUGGCCGGAAUUGGAUGACUAUGAAGCUGUCCCGUAUAUCCGCGCCAUUACCGAUGAGGUCUUCCGAUUCAGACCCAUUUCGCCAAUCGCAAUCCCUCAUGUCAGCACAAAGGAAGUCCAUUACAAGGGCUAUCGUAUCCCAGCAGACUCCACGAUCUUCAUGAAUACCUACGGUAUAUUUCAUGAUCCGGAGUUCUACGACGAUCCGGAGAACUUCGACCCCGGGCGGUUCAUCAAAACUGAGUUUGGCACGAAAGAAGGUGUCGACGAGACGGGCUAUCGGAACAACUUCGCGUUUGGAGCUGGACGAAGGGUUUGUCCAGGAGAGUCGAUGGCCCGUCGGACGAUUAUGCUGAACACUAUGAAUCUGCUUUGGGCUUUCAACUUCAAGAAAGAUGGUUCUGGAACUGGUGGUCUGGAUAUCGAUUCGUAUGCGAAGGUAAGUCCCUUUCCCCUCAACUACACGAGCAAUGCUGACGUUCAUUCAUCACCCCAGCCUGGACUUGAGCUUGCACCGAAGCCGUUCACAUGUGAUGCUAAGCCUCGGUCUACGGCAAAAGAACAGAUGAUCAGGGAUCGAUAUGCGAGGGCGUUCCCUAAUGGAAUGGAUGGUGCAACAACCCUUUAG